GCUUUUGGAGGUGAGCGGUGAUAUCCUAUAUCUUUGAAGAGUUACAUGUUAAACUGCAAGUGAAGAAAAAAAUGGCCAUCACUAACUUUGCUCCCUUCUUCAUCCUCCUCUGUUUAUGUUUAUUUGGAUUUGGGAAUACUGAUUUCGACUUACCUCCAGAUGAAGUUGAUGCUCUUGGAGAAGUGUUAUCUAAGAUGGGGAUAGUUCCAACACCAUCCUUUAGUCGUCCUUCUUAUUGUGAUAAUCCAAAUGAAGGAGUUUAUGCUGUUACGAUCUGGUGCAACUGUGGUGAUAACAACAAGACAUGUCACGUAUCUGAUAUGUUUCAUCCGAAGAUUGAGAUCAUUUGCCAAAAAAUUCACAGAAUGUUGGAUGCAGGAGGAACAGGUGGAUAUAUCGAUCCAAGUAUUGGUCGUCUCAAGUACUUGGAGAAUUUAUAUGUUGCAAACAAUCAAUUGUCUGGUGGGCUACCUGAUGCAAUUGGAAACCUGACACGUUUGCAGUCGAUGUAUAUUGGAAGCAAUCAAUUGUCCGGUUCGAUACCUUAUACCAUAGGAAAUCUGCAAAGUUUGGAACUGCUCUAUUUACAUAGGAACUUAUUUACGGGCCAGAUACCUUCAUCUAUCGGAAACAUUUCAUUUCUCAGACGUCUUGUACUGCAUGGAAAUAUGUUGUCAGGUUCAAUUCCUUCAACAUUGGGCAGUCUCUCUAAUCUUUUGACAAUGAAACUUGAACAAAAUCAACUCAGUGGUAGUAUCCCAUCCGAGCUUGGAAACUUGUAUUCACUUGAACAAUUGAGAUUGCAAGAGAAUCAAUUGACAGGAAAACUUCCCGAGGAACUUGGAAACUUGGCAAAUCUUGCACAGCUUGACGCGAGUUCCAACUAUCUGACUGGGGUGGUGCCGCCAAGUUACAAGAGACUUACCUCAAUCAUCUUAUUUGCACUAGCCGGCAACAAUUUGAAUGGUCCGAUACCAAAUUUUAUAACCAACUGGACAAAUCUCACCACCUUAUUUCUCAGUGGAAAUGGAUUUGAAGGAAAAUUGUUUCCUGAAAUAUUUAACAUGUCAAACCUUCGGGAAUUGUGGGUUAGUGACCUCAAUAACAGCGGCUUCACUUUUCCCAAUCGCAGUCAUGCAAACAUGACAAAUAUAUACAGUCUGGUACUAAGGAAUUGCAGCAUUAAUGGUCAAAUUCCCGAAUACAUUGGCAAUUGGUCAUCAUUGAAAUAUCUUGACUUGAGUUUCAACAACUUGACUGGUGAGAUUCCAGAAUCUUUGAAGGCUCUAAACUUGAGUAUAAUGGACUUAUCAUACAACAAUUUUGCAUCCUCAAACGAUUUCCUCAUAGGAAAAAAAUCCAGUGGGAAAAAACUAAAUAGGAAUGAAAUACUUAAUAUGAGUAACACAUCCUGUGGCGGCAAAUCCAAAUACAAUUCCUUGUUUAUAAAUUGUGGUGGUGGACAGCUAGAAGUCGAAGGAAAUGAAUAUGAGAAUGAUACUUCAAAAUCAAACUUUUUUGUGAGUGAAAAAAGAAAUUGGGCUUAUACUUGUUGUUCUGGCCAAUUUUGGUUACCAUCAGGCAAUUCAAGUUUCCCCAUAAGCAACUCCACAACUUCUUUAUAUGAAACGACUCGUUGCUGUCCUGUUGCUCUCACCUAUUAUGCCUUCUGUUUACACAAAGGGGAUUAUAUCGUCGAACUUCACUUUAUUGACAAUGACACCAAUGUAUGGAAACGGAUCUUCGAUGUGUAUAUCCAGGACGUGAGAGUGUUAUCAAAUUUGGACAUCAAAAGAGAGGCCGGAGGUCCAUACCAAGUGCUUGUAAAACGUUUCUCAAUAACUGUAAAUGACAGUUUAUUAAAGAUUCAACUGUAUUGGGCUGGCAAAGGAUCUCUAUACAACCCAGUUGGUCGUAACGGACCUAUUUUAGCAGCUCUUUCUGUAACUCCAAGAAAAAAUAGAAAGAAAUUGUCUUCUUGGCAAAUUGCAGUGAUUACACUGGGUUCUAUUUUGACUCCAUUGAUUGUAUUGGCUUUCAUCUGGAAAUUGGUUUGGCUAAGGAAUAAGGAGUUGAAUGAAAAAGUAAUUAGAUUUGCAGGCAGAGAGAUCACCCUUAGGCAGAUUAUAAAUGCUACUCAAAAUUUUAGCCCUAAGGUGCAGAUUGGUGAAGGCCAUCUUGGGAAAAUUUACAAGGCUCAACUCCCAGAUUUGACUUUAGCUGUGAAAAAGAUAUCCCCUGAAUUGAAGGAGAAACAACAAAAUCUAUUGCAGAGGGAAAUUUUCAACUUGACAUCGAUGAGACAUGAGAAUCUUGUUCAACUUCUUGGUGGUUAUUCUGGGAAAAAUCUCAGUCUACUAAUAUAUGAAUACAUGGAAAAUGGUUCCCUUAGUCAAGCCUUGUUCGAACCCAAAUCAUCAGCAAUUGAUUGGAAAACUAGGUAUGGUAUAUGCCUGGGAAUUGCGAAAGGAUUGAAGUACCUACACGAGGAAAAACAAUCCAACAUUAUUCAUGGGAAUGUGAAAGCUAGUAAGAUUUUACUUGAUAAGGAUUUUACAGCUAAACUAUCAGGUUUUGGGUUGGCUACAGUUUAUGAAGAUGAUCCAAUAUUUAUGAGUUUGAAGGCAAGAGGGUCACUAGCUUAUAUGGCUCCUGAACGUGUCACUCAACGUUCAAUAACAGUUCAAGCUGAUGUUUACAGUUUUGGAAUUGUGAUGCUUGAAAUUGUUAGUGGGCGAAGCGUAGAAUAUGAACGAUACAAGGAACAUUAUGAGUUUCUAGUAGAUAGAGCUUGUGUUUUACAUGCAAAUGGUCGUAUUUUGGACUUAGUUGAUGAAGAGUUAAGGUCGACUGAGUAUGAUCGAUAUGAGACCAUGACUAUUUUGGAGUUGGCAAUGAAAUGCAUCAAUCCUGUCCCUACUCUUAGGCCUACCAUUUCUGAAAUUGUAGCUGCACUUCAAAAUAGAUCAACAUCUACGUAAACAAGUUUUAAAAGGUAAUGACUAAUGAGCCGAUCAACUAUAUAUAGGUUCUUGGUCGGCUCUCUACCAGUCUAAUGCAUAAAUUUGACCUUGAAUUUUGACUUAUUAUUCUUGUGGCCCCUGAACUUUGCAAGGAUUCAAUUAUGAUCUUACGCUUUUACAUUUCGGUAAUAACCAUGAGUUCGCUAAAAGAAAAUACUUUUGAAGGAAUUCAAUCAUGGCACAAAACAUUUUCACAUUUCAUUUUGGCGAGUUAUAGUUAUUGAAAUGUGAAAGUGUAAAGUCAUGAUAAAUUCUCCGUAAAGUUCAAGGGAUAUAAGGAUAAUCGGUGAAAGUAUAGGGUGAGAUUUAUAUAUAGACGACACUGUCCCUUUCGAAAGUUGUGCACGUGAUCUUUUAAUAGUAUGUUUAUAUUUAUGUAAAGUUAAAAGUAGCUUUUGCAUGUUUGUUGGAUUUUUGUUGUGACUACUGUUUCCAAAACAACUUACCGCGCUGUUCAAUAUUUUUAUAUGAACAUGAAAUGGGUUUGCUUAGUGUCAUGUAUAGAAUUACUCAGAUAUAGAGAAGUGAUGAAGUUGAUAUUUCAUUGUU